AUGGAGGAGGCAUACAAGCAGUACGCGAAUCAGGCGCGUCGAAAGAACCGCUCCAGCACAAACCUGAACCACCUCUCCCUCGCCCCCUUCACCUCGAGGCUGCCGAUGCAAGACGACGAUGCCCUGCCCGACCACCUCACCUCGCCAGCCCACAGCACCUCUUAUCUGCAGGGCAAAUCCGCACCCACGACGCCGGGCCUUCUGACCCGCUCACCCGCUCGCUCAAACUCCCACGUCCGCCGCGCCUCCGUACCGCACGCCGAGCUCACCAAGAGCAAGUCCGCAACGCACCUGGCCCCCGCCGCCAACGACCGCAAAGCCCACUACCGAAAGUCCGUCUCGGGCACCACAUCUCCUACCGUCCGCCGCCGCAAGGAUGACUUCUCCGCCAGAGAUCCCAAUGACAGCGAUUGGCUUCUGCGGACCGGCGCGCUCAUCAGCAACGAGAGCCGCGAGUUCAAAGGCCAGGCGUGGCUGGUGUCGAGAGAGAGCUCCACGAGCUUGACUGGCAUAAGGGACGCGGAAGACGAGGCUUUCGAGAGGGAACUGGCUCGCGAGCGGGAGCUGGCUAGUCGUCGCGGCAGCCGGCGUGGCAGCCUUGCAGAUAUGGACGGAGCUUACACCCAUUCCGCACGUCCGAGUCGUCCUGGAAGUCGGUCAGCUAGCAGGGCGGGCACCAGAAGCCAGAUGUUGACUCCCAUGGAGCGACACUCUGACGAAGGAUAUUUUCCCCGUCACCAUGACAGUGACGAGCUCGUCCCCGGGCCCGAUUUUGUCAAUCUGGACGAGAAGCUCGAAGCCUUCGACUUUGACACGACUCAAGAUGACGAAGCUGCCGUCAGGAGACUUGUCAAGGGGGAGAGGGCUGGUGCCGCUUCGUGGGUGGGAAAUAUCCUGGGAUGGCCGCUGUUCGCGGUUGAAGAAAAUGAGGAAGAGUCGGACGACGAAGACAUGGACGGGGAUUUUGGACAUGAAAUCGACGAGGCGCAGGAGCUCCGCUCGUGGUCAGCACGGCAUUUUGAGGGCGUGCCCAACGCCCCGGAAGAGCGGAUUCCGCCCCCAAAGGCUAACGAGGGUGGUUGGCAGGAUGCGGCAUGGUUGCUCAGUGUGGCCACCAAAGUCUUGUUGUAA